AUGAAGUUGCCUCCUAUGGAUAACAAAUCAAGGAAACAGAUACAUAUGCUGGCGGAAACCUACAAUUUGAAGUCCAAGUCGACCGGUAAAGGAGUUGGUAGACACAUUAUGCUUUUGAAGACUGCAAGAAGUGGUAAAAAUAUCGAUUACGCUGCUGUCAACAAAGCUGCCAAAGCUUGUGAUAAAGGUGGUAUUGGUAACUUCUAUAAGACCCUUCAUCUUGCUCGUAAAGCCGCUCAGGUAGAAAGGAAGAGCGGGCAAGCAGCCAAACCAAAGAUGAUGCCACAUAGGGAAGGUACAAUUGUGGGACAUGAAGCCAAACCAAUUGGGCAAGAGUCUGUCGGUUACAAGUUGUUGGCCAUGAUGGGUUGGAACCAUGGUCAGAAAAUGGGACAAUCUGGUGAGGGUUUGGAAGCGCCAGUUGCAGCCGUCAUUAAGAACUCGCGUCUCGGAUUAGGUGCAUCAUAG